AUGCUUCAACCGGGGUUUGCUCCAGUCCUUCAGUCAACAAUGAUUGCACCCCAAUUCCAACAAGCCAUCAACCAAAGCGCUUAUCCAAUUUUCCUUCAAGAUAAUUCUUUUAUCCAAUUGAUGAGCACAAAGCAAUUUUCUGAGAGCAUGCCGAUGUUCAAUUUGCAAAUCCCAGUUGCAAACAGGUCAUUUGACCAAGUCUGUGCAGAUUCUUCACUUACAUUUUGUCCAUCUCAGUUGGGGUUAAUUCCAUCAUCGAUAUGGUCAUCAGACAUCAUCUCAUUUGGAUCGCUUGUACAAAACUUUUUCCGCCGCAGAAACUCAUCCGCUUCAAAGUUCCCAUAUAAAUUAUUCAAUGCACUUAGAAUUACUGAAGUUCAACCUGAGUAUUUCCCACAUAUUGGCGUCAAGUGGGUUGACGACAAUAUUAUUUGGGUUAACAGAGAAGCCUUCGCGAGUUUGAUCGGCGUUAAAACAAUUGAAGGCGGUCUUUUCCAUCAACAGGGCAAUUUCCCAUCUCAUAGAUUCAUAGAACUCUCCUACGAGGAAUCCGAAGCAGUAGCUGCUCUUCACAAGCUUGGUCAUGUUGAUUUGUCGCAUAUGAGAAUGGUUCGCCAUUCUGGCGGCGUGUUUAAGCGCGGAUGCACAGAAUCUGAUCUUGAGAAAUGCAAGUGGAAGGAUGCAUAA